GCGGCGCGGUGUGGCGCGGGGGAACUGUCCUCGCGCGGAGGGUGCUGCUGAAACAAGAUGGCUGUGCGCGCAGGAGGAGCAGCAGCGGCGGUGGUGGAGAGCUGAGCAGCAAUGCAGAGGAGGAAGAAGAGGGGGGCGAGGAAUCCACUCCUGUGUGUCUUGUCCUGCCAGAAGAGAGCAACAGCCCCGCAGAGAGACAGACGACUUCGCUUCUGAGAUGAUGCUGCCUUGUUUCCGGUGCCAUUUAGGCUAACGGUUCGGCGGUUAGAGUGCUGUUUCUUUUUUCUUUUUUUUUUCUUUCUUUUUUUUUUGUAACCAAGAGACAAACGGACCGACCAAACAAAUCACGGAGCACUCAGUAGAGGACAGAGCCGGGGACGCUCACGCCGCUGUCAGAGAUGUCCCUGCUAUGUGUGGGAGUGAAGAAAGCCAAGCUGGAUGGACCCCAAGAGAAGUUCAACACUUAUGUGACUCUGAAGGUACAAAAUGUGAAGAGCACAACCAUUGCUGUCAGGGGCAACCUGCCCAGCUGGGAGCAAGACUUCAUGUUCGAGAUUAACCGGCUGGACCUGGGUCUGACAGUAGAGGUGUGGAACAAAGGGUUAAUCUGGGACACAAUGGUGGGCACUGUGUGGAUUCCCCUCCGUAGCAUCCGGCAGUCAAAUGAGGAGGGCCCAGGGGAGUGGCUCACACUGGACUCUCAGGUCAUCAUGACAGAUAAUGAGAUCUGCGGCACCAAAGAUCCCACUCUCCACCUGGUGCUGCUCGACACUCGCUUCGAACUGCCUCUCGAUAUCCCUGAGGAUGAGGCACGAUACUGGGCCAAAAAACUGGAGCAGCUCAAUGCCAUGAGGGACCAAGAUUAUUCCUACCAGGAGGAGCAGGAGCGCCCUCUCCGCGUACCAGGGACACAGUGCUGUAACUGGAGUCUGUGGGGAGACCAACAAAAUGAAGACCAAGACAGCGCCGUGGACGACAGAGACAGCGACUAUCGCAGUGAAACCAGUAACAGCAUCCCUCCUCCCUACUACAGCACGUCCCAGCCAAAUGCCUCCGUCCACCAGUAUCCCAUCAGCCACCAGCACCGCAGCUCCAGAAGCUUAUCUUACCCACGCUCUGGCAACAGCCAGGACCUCGACUACAACCAUCAGAGGACUGUCAGUCCCUCGGGGAGCUAUGCCUCCUCUGCAGAGUUGAGUCGGUGCAGCAGUCAGCUGAGCGAGGAGGACUAUGGCGGGGAGUAUGGAGAGAGGGACCCCUACGACGAAAAUGACUCCUACCACUCCUGCCACUCCUCAGUCAGCUACAGCAAAGGCUCUCCAGACUGGGACCCCGAUGAGACCCAGGGGGCAUACAGCGAUGAGGGCGGCUACAGCAAAGAUGGAGGGGAGGAGGCAGCUCUGUAUGAGGAGGAUGAUGGAGGACUGUAUGAGGGAGAAGAGGAAGGCCUCUACGAGGAUGAAGAGAUGAUGUAUGAUGAUGAGGAUUUGUAUAAUUUGGAUGGGACCCUCAGUGAGGACAUGGAGCCUCCAUUCACACCCACCCCAACAUCAACAGCCCCCGCAGGUUUAGAUGUUCCCAGCUCUAGACCUCCUCUAGAGAAACAGCCCUCUUUACACCAACAGCAGCCUCCAACUCAACCCCCUAACCAAACAUCAAACCAGUCUCAUCCUCCUGGGACGGCCCCAUCAGCACAACUACCCCCUGGUCAACCAACAGCCCAGCCACCUAAACAAGCCCAGCCCCAAACACAGCCCCAGCCCCAGGCAGCCCCGUCUGCCACUUCUUUCUUCUCUAUGGCCAAACCUCUAACGGCUGCAGUCACAGGUUUGGCCUCUUCUUUCCUGUCUUCUGUUCCCACCGCACAGCCUGCCCAGUCUCACCCUCCAGCCUCAGCCAUAUCUCAACAGCAGCAGUCGGCUGCAGCCAACGCUAUGCCCCCGUCCCACCCAGCCACCAUAGCUAACGCAGCCUCCCAGCCACCAUCCACUGCCAUGGGCCCUUCUUCCCAACAAACCCCGUCCUCUGGGCAGCCUCAAUCCCAUCUCAACGGCCCUGCCACUGAGAAGUCAGCAGCCCCUGAGGACCAGGCUCUCCAGCUGGAGGAAGAGCAAUGGCUAGAAGAGGAAACGAUGAUGGAGAGGGAGGCCAGGACACCCCCGGCUCAGCCAGAUGAGGAGCUCCCCAUGGAGGAGACAGAAGAGCAUUAUGAAAAGAGCAGGCCGCCAACGCCAGAGGAGGAAAUGGAGAUGCUGCCUGAGAGUCCUCCAGUCAUAGAGGAGCCCAAAGAGCCAGUGGAUCCAGCAGUCAGAGCCAAAGAGAACUGGCUAAGGCUCUACAAUAAAGUCUUAGAACAGCUGCGGGAGGCCCGAGGAGAAACCUCCAGCUCGCUGUGGUUCGGUAAAGGAGGAAUGGGAGGUGCACUCUACAGUAUUGACAGCAUGCCUGACCUUCGCAAGAGGAAAGCCAUUCCUCUUGUCAGAGAUCUGGCGAUGUCUCUAGUUCAGAACUCCCGUAAGGCUGGAAUCACCUCCGCCAUGGCGUCCACCACCCUCGGCAAUGAAGAGCUGAAAAGUCACGUUUAUAAAAAGACCCUGCAGGCUCUGAUCUACCCCAUCUCUUCCACCACACCACACAACUUUGAGGUGUGGACGGCCACCACCCCCACCUACUGCUAUGAAUGCGAGGGGCUGCUUUGGGGGAUCGCCCGGCAAGGCAUGCGCUGCUCCGAGUGCGGUGUCAAAUGCCACGACAAGUGUCAGGAUCUGCUCAAUGCUGACUGUCUGCAGAGAGCUGCAGAGAAGAGCUCCAAGCAUGGAGCGGAGGACCGAACCCAGAACAUCAUCAUGGUCCUGAAGGACCGCAUGAAGAUCAGAGAGAGGAACAAACCAGAAAUCUUUGAGCAAAUCCAGGAAGUGUUCGGCCUCGACAAAACAACGCACGGCACGCAGAUGAAACAAAUCAAGCAGAGCGUGUUGGAUGGGACUUCCAAAUGGUCGGCAAAGAUCAGCAUCACAGUGGUGUGUGCUCAGGGUCUGCAGGCUAAGGACAAAACAGGCUCCAGUGAUCCUUACGUAACUGUUCAAGUUGGGAAGACCAAGAAGAGAACGAAGACCAUCUACGGCAACCUCAACCCCGUCUGGGAAGAAAACUUCCACUUUGAAUGCCACAACUCAUCAGACCGCAUCAAGGUGCGCGUGUGGGACGAGGACGACGACAUCAAGUCGCGCGUGAAACAGAGGUUCAAACGUGAGAGUGACGACUUCCUGGGUCAAACCAUCAUCGAAGUCCGUACUCUGAGCGGCGAGAUGGACGUUUGGUACAACCUGGACAAGCGAACUGAUAAGUCUGCUGUGUCAGGAGCCAUCCGGAUGCACAUAAGUGUGGAGAUAAAAGGAGAGGAGACAGUCGCUCCUUACCACGUCCAGUACACCUGUCUACAUGAGCAUCUGUUCCAGUACACAACCGAGGAGCAGAAUGGCGGCGUCGUAAAGAUCCCCGAUGCCAAAGGGGAUGAUGCCUGGAAGGUGUACUUUGAGGAGACAGCUCAGGAGAUAGUGGACGAGUUUGCCAUGAGAUACGGAGUCGAGUCCAUCUACCAGGCCAUGACCCACUUUGCCUGCCUGUCAUCUAAGUACAUGUGUCCCGGAGUGCCAGCUGUGAUGAGCACCCUGCUCGCCAACAUCAACGCUUACUACGCCCACACCACCGAGUCCUCCAACAAUGUUUCUGCCUCGGACAGAUUUGCUGCAUCAAACUUUGGCAAGGAGAGGUUUGUCAAACUGCUGGAUCAGCUGCACAACUCCCUGAGGAUCGACCUUUCCAUGUACCGGAAUAACUUCCCAGCCAGCAGCCCUGAAAGACUUCAAGACCUCAAGUCCACAGUUGAUCUCUUGACGAGCAUCACAUUCUUCAGGAUGAAGGUCCAGGAGCUGCAGAGUCCCCCCAGGGCGAGCCAGGUGGUGAAGGACUGCGUGAAAGCCUGUCUGAACUCCACCUACGAAUACAUUUUCAACAACUGCCAUGACCUCUACAACAGGGAAUAUCAGACAGACCCUUCGAAGGCAGUCCCUCCAGAUGAGCAGGGUCCCAGCAUCAAGAACCUCGACUUCUGGUCCAAACUCAUCACCCUCAUUGUCUCCAUCAUAGAGGAGGACAAGAACUCCUACACUCCCUGCCUUAAUCAGUUUCCCCAGGAACUGAACGUGGGCAAGAUCAGCGCCGAGGUCAUGUGGAAUAUGUUUGCACAAGAUAUGAAAUACGCCAUGGAGGAGCAUGAGAAGAACCGCCUGUGUAAGAGCGCAGAUUAUAUGAACUUGCACUUCAAGGUCAAGUGGCUCUACAACGAGUACUGCAAGGAGCUCACCACCUUCCAGAAGCACGUUCCUGAAUAUCCAGCCUGGUUCGAACCAUUUGUCAUCAUGUGGCUAGACGAGAAUGAAGAAGUGUCCCGAGAUUUUCUACACGGAGCCCUGGAGAGGGACAAAAAAGACGGGUUCCAGGUCACAUCAGAGCACGCUUUGUUCUCCUGCUCCGUGGUGGACGUGUUCUCUCAGCUCAACCAGAGCUUUGAAAUCAUCCGCAAACUGGAGUGUCCCGACCCUCAGAUCGUGGGCAACUACAUGAAGAGAUUCGCCAAGACAAUCGGCAACGUCCUGCUAUCUUACGCUGACAUCAUCGCAAAGGACUUUCCAAAUCACGUCAAGAAGGAGAAAGUGCCGUGUAUCAUCAUCAAUAACAUCCAGCAGCUCAGAGUUCAGCUGGAGAAGAUGUUCGAGGCCAUGGGAGGAAAAGACCUCAACGUGGAGGCCAGCGACUUCCUCAAGGAGCUGCAGAACAAACUCAACAGCGUCAUGGACGACCUCAGCCGCAUUUUCGCUGUCAGUUUCCAGCCCCAGAUCGAGGACAACGUGAGGCAGAUGGGAGACAUCCUGGCCCAGGUCAAAGGGCAGACUGUGCCGGCCAACGGCAGCGUGGUGCAGGAGGCCGACAACGUCCUGCAGCCCAUCAUGGACUUCCUGGACAGCAAUCUGUCGCUGUUUGCUAAGAUCUGUGAGAAGACGGUCCUGAAGAGAGUGCUGAAGGAACUGUGGAAACUGGUGAUGAACACAAUGGAAAAAACAAUUGUGCUUCCAACACUCACUGACCAGACGGGCACGCAGAUGAUCUUCAACGCUGCUAAGGAGCUGGGCCAGCUGUCCAAACUCAAGGAGCACAUGGGAAGAGAGGAGGCCAAAGCUCUGACUCCUAAACAGUGUGCAGUCAUAGAGCUGGCACUGGACACUAUUAAGCAAUACUUCCACGCCGGUGGCGUGGGCCUGAAGAAAACCUUCUUGGAAAAGAGUCCAGACCUGCAGUCUCUGCGCUACGCCCUGUCUCUGUACACGCAGGCCACAGACAAGCUCAUCAGGAAGUUCGUCCUCUCACAGAACGCCCAGGUCCACGGAGGAAAAGGCAUCAGGUGCACGGCCAACGAAGACACGCCACCGGAGAAACCAUCCGGAGUGGACGCGGUCGGCGAGGUGGUCAUGUGCGUGGACAUUCUGCCUCAGCCUAACGGAGAACACAAGAUCAACGUGAAAGUGGUGGCUGCCAAUGACCUGAAAUGGAAGGCGCAGGGCUUCAGGCCUUUCGUCGAAGUCUACAUCAUCGGUCCUCACCUCAGCGACAAGAAGAGGAAAUUCGCCACCAAGUCCAAGAACAACACCUGGUCGCCCAAGUUCGCCGAAAGUGUCCAGUACUCCUUGGGCACUGAGGUCGGUCCAGAGAGCUACGAGCUGCAGGUGUGCGUGAAGGACUACUGCUUCGCCAGAGAGGACCGCACCGUGGGCAUGGGCGUGCUGCAGGUGAAGGACAUAGCCAGCAAGGGCAGCGUCACCUGCUGGAUGCCGCUGGGCCGACGCAUCCACAUGGACGAGACGGGCCUGACGGUGCUGCGCAUCCUCUCCCAGCGCAACAACGACGACGUGGCGAAAGAGUUCGUCAAGCUCAAGUCGGACCAGCGCUCGGCCGAGGAGGGCCGCAGCUGAGGGGGGACGCAGUGUGUGACAGACAUAGUAUUAUGCACACAUAUAGUACUCACACCUCCAUAGAUAGGCACACUCAUGAAAACGCUCUAUUGUACAUAUAUCUGCAUACAUUAUGCAACAUUUACAUUGCAAUGUUAUCAAUGCAAACAUGGAGGAAUACGUUUAUAAAGAUCAUAUUUCAUUUUGAGAUAUUUCCACAGCUUUUUUCCACUCUCAGUUUUUAGGGUUAGCCUCACGUUAGCAGCACUUGUCCGUCGCUCACUCAGUCUUUCCUAAAAACACAUCACACCUUUUAUACGCUGUCCACGUGAUAGGAAACAGCGCAGAACAACGAAACCAUGUGAAUAAAUUGAGAACGACCACUUUGCACUUUUGCUUCUCUGUGUCUUCAGGAGAGCAGUCCUCGCCUCGCUAUGCUCUGUCCCUCCGUCCGUCCGUCCUCUUCGUCCGUCCGCUUGCCUGCCUGACUGUGUGUCGUUCUUCCAGUCCGUCAUACUCUCCAGUUGUUUGCUCUGCAUAGUCCCCCCCCCCCCACACGGUGUGAUGUGUUGUGUUCAGAUGGAGUUCAGGUGCAGAUCUAAGAUCAGCUUCCUAUUUGCCCCAAAAAUCCCAAAUAAAGAAGAAGAAGA